GCGCGUCGAAGGAAGCGAAAACCAGUUGAAGUGUAGCAUAGAGCAGUUAACUCUUCCAAUUGCACCAGCACGGCAGACAAAAAGACCCUCGUUUCAGCUCCUUCAACCUUCAACUCAUUGAUUUUCGUUUCUUCUGCUUCCCUGCGGCUUUCUUAAUUGGGCUGUUAGAGAUCUGCUUGGUACUGAUAUUCGCGAUUGAAGAGAGAUCUAGAAAAAGGACUUGGAAGACAAAGACUGUAUAUUUAAUUGGCUGGGAAGAGAGGCCCCUGAGGAGCGGCAUAUUGUAAUGAGAUCAACUAUAUUAAUGCAAAAUAAAUAAUGGGAGGGGAUACUUUAUUCAAAAUUCUUGAAUUCAGGGAGAAGAUUAACCCAGUCAUUAGCCACUAAUCAAUAUGGAAAAUUCACCACGUAGUGCAAAACCAAAUUCACAGUCAGAAAAGGAGGAGGAGGAGGAGAAGUCCAAUGAGAGUAACUAUUUUCUUAAAGAUAGUGAUGUACAUUGUCAACAGGGGACUUUUUUGAUAAAGAAUGCUAUGAUGGAGGGUCCCUCAGUCAAUAUUGGUUCUGAUUUGCCUCAAGCGGAAGCCCUGAUUUCUGUAGUGCCAAAGAGAAAGCGGAAGAGAAAACGGAAGAGAGCAAGGAGUAGUGCCCCGAUUAUAAAUAAUUUAGAGCCUGAUUUUAGUGAUAAUACAGAAUCAGUUCCAGUGGAAUCCCGACCUAAUGUAGUGAUGAAGAGGAGUCAUGCCCCAAAAAUUGGGGAUUUCAAUCCAGAUUGUUUGAAGGGGGCUCUUUCAUCAGAGAAUAUUACCCCUGAAAACAAUUCUUGCAUGCAGUAUUCAGGUAGAGAUGCACAUCAUGAUUCUCCACUUGGGGCUUACACACUGCUGGAGGAGCCUUCAAUCAAUGUUAUUUCAGAUUUGGUACCAGCAGAGUUACCACCUCAUGUAAACUUGAGUAGAAGGAAGAGAAAGAAGAAGAAAACUACGAUAGGUGCUGCCCCAGAACCUGAAAAUUCAUGCCUGGCCUCUUGUGCUGGAAUUUGCUCAACACCAAAUUCAGAAAAGGCCAAACAGCAUGCAGAUUUGCCUAGCUUACAAAGAAAGAAGAAAAUGAAGCAGAAUGAAUGGAGGAAAAUUGAUGAGACUGACAGUAAUGAUAGAAGUUGUGCAAGUCCUAGAACAAAUGAGGAGAUGAGUAGCUCACAAGGAAAGAUGAAAAAUAAGUGGACGAAAAUGUCUAAAGCCCAUGAGAAUAGUUAUAAAAGUUGCGAUCUUUCUGUUGGUACUUCAUUAGUGGAAAAUAUUAUGCCAAAAGUAGAUCCAUCUCUACAGUCUCCUGUCACAGAAUCUUUAGAACAAGAGCUGGCAGUGGCACAAUCACCUGUGGAGGGAAUUAGCACAAAAACAAACUCAGGAAGUUCUGAACUCAUUGCAGAUUUGAGUUGCUCAAGAAAAAAGAAGAAAAAGAUUCGGAAGGAAGGGUGUAAAACCCAGGAGACUAAUGAUGAAAGUUGUGGUAAUGAUAAAAUAUGUGAUCUUUCUGUUGGUACUUCUUUAGUGGAAAAUAUUAUGCCAGGAAUAGAUCACUCUCAACAGCCUCCAGUCUCAGAGUUCUCAGAACAAAAACUAGAAUUGCCAUCACCACUUAUGGAGGGAAUUAGCACAAAGACAAAUUCAGAAAGUUCUGGACCUUUUGCAGAUUCGAGUUGCUCAAGAAAAAAGAAGAAAAAGCUUAAAACCCAUGAGAGUAAUGAUAGAAGAUGCGAGCUUUCUGUUGGUACUUUAGUGGAAAAUAUUAUACCAGGAACAGGUUCCUCUCAACAGCCUCCAGUCUUGGAAUUCACAGACCAAAAGCUAGAAUUGCCACAACCACUUAUGGAGGGAAUUAGCACGACAGCAAAUUCAGAAGGUCCUGAACCCAAUGCGAAUUUGAGUUGCUCACAAGAAAAGAAGAAAAAGAAUUGGAAGAGAGGACAUAAAACCCAUGAGAGUAAUGAUAGAAGAAGUGAUGCUUCCCUUGGUACUUCUUUAGAAGGAAAUAUUAUUCCAGGAGCAGAUUUGUCUGUACAGCCUCCAGUCGCAAUAUUCUCAGAACAAGACCUAGAAGUGGAACAACCACUUGUGGAUGGAAUCGGAAAAAGAACAAAUUCAGAAAGUCCCAAACCCAUUGAGGAUUUGAGCUGCUCACAAAAAAUGAAGCAAAAGAAUGGGAAGAAAAGGCGUAAAAUCUGUGAGAGUAAUGAUGAAAGUUGUGAUCCUUCUGGUGAUACUUCUUUAGUGGAAAACAUUAUUCCAGGAGCAGAUCCAUAUCUACAGCAUCCGCUUGCAAUAUUAUCAGAACAAGAGCUAGAAGUGCCACAGAUACUUUUGGAGGACAGUACUUUUCAGGAGAAGAAUGAGGACAAGGAGCAGAACAAGAGAUCUAAUGCCUCAGGAAAUAAUGACACCGACCACGACAUUUGUGCGGGCUUGCCUUGCCAAGUUUUAAUAGAUGUUAAAGCUGUUGAAAACAAUAAUGAUAAUUCUCUUUCAGAAGUUUCAAAGUUGGACCCUACGAAUAUACAAGAUAUUACUGAUAUAGAACAGACAGAAACCAAGACUGAAGUUCCUUCCUUGCCACCUUUGGCCGUAAAGGCUGAUGUUGAUGUCACUGUUAAUGUGAAGGAGGGUAAUCUUUCACAGAUAUCAGACUGUGCAGCUGAAAGAUCUCUUGUUAGCUGUUCUAAGAAAAAGCUUCUCAUUCUUGAUAUAAACGGCCUUCUUGCUGAUAUUGUCCCACAGGAAUGUCAUAUCCUUAAGCGAUAUAAACCUGACAUAACAAUAUCAAGGAAAGCAGUUUUUAAGAGGCCUUUUUGUGAUGAUUUUCUACAGUUCUGCUUUGACAGAUUCAAUGUGGGUGUUUGGUCUUCAAGAACCAAGAAGAACGUGGACAUGGUGAUAGAUUUUCUCUUGGGAGAUUCCAGACACAAAUUGCUCUUUUGCUGGAACCAAUCCCAUUGUACUACUACGAGGUUCAAUACCAUUGACAACACAGAUAAGCCCCUUGUUUUGAAAGAACUAAGAAAAUUAUGGGAGAAGCAUGACCCUAAUCUUCCAUGGGUGAAGGGAGAGUACAAUGAAUCAAACACAUUGUUACUGGAUGAUUCCCCGUACAAGGCUUUACGCAAUCCAGAGAACACGGCAAUAUUUCCGUACUCGUAUGAAUGCAGGGACAGAAGAGAUGCAUCAUUAGGACCUGGAGGUAAAAUUCGUUCUUUUCUAGAAGGAUUGGCUAUGGCUGACAAUGUUCAAAAGUAUGUGGAGCAGCAUCCAUUUGGUCAACGACCGAUAACACAGUCAAGUCUUUCGUGGGGUUUUUAUCGUAGAGUAAUGGAGGAUGAAGUAGAGUCGCCUAAAGAUUGAUACCAGCACUUCCAAUGGCCGGCAGGCAGAAUUGUACUACACUGGAAUUACCCGAAAAAUGGUUCAGUGAGUUUUGCUUCAUUUUUUGUUUCCAAUGUGCUUUUGGGGAUGACCGCUGGUGUACGAAAUAUGCCACUGGAUAACUGUGUAGGUUGCGUUUUUGUAAAUUACAUUAUACAUGGAACCUUGUGCUCUAGCCAAAACUGAAUUGUUGGGCAGCUCGUUGAAAUUGAAAAUUUCUUUCACUUAGCUUGAGUUUACAUACCAAGCAAAUAGCUGAUAGAAUAUUGGGCUA